AUGGGAAAGAAGAAGUGCCCUUUCAUUGCUAUUCCACACCCUUCCGCAGAUGCCCCCUCUCUUCUAGACACUGGUGAUGAUGAUGCUGAAGAUCUGGGUUUGAUGAGGAGAUCGGAUGAAGAGGAGCACCAAAACUGCAACUGCCCAGACCUACACUUUUCGGACAAUAUCACCAGAAACGGACUUUUCGCCGGUUUUUCCCCCCUGGAGUGCUUUUCCUACCCCAUCCUUCAUUGGUGUGUGCGCAUACGUGAAGCGGGUGGUUUAGAAUCAGUCUCCACUGACUUUUUCCAAGUUUUAAUUUUGGACGUUCGCUUUUAUAUACUUUUUAAGCUGUUUGGAAGAUGUCUGAAAGAUCUCAUAUAUAGUCCGGAAAACCAAAUCCGUCCGUAUGACUUCAGCCGGGCCAACCAUUGCGGCCAGCUGCUGGGUCAUGAAGGUUUGGGCAGCGGUGGGCCGUUCCAGCUUCCCCACGGUGUCCUGACAGACCCGAGUCUCCUCUACAACAAGUCCGCCUACAGUGGCUUCACAUCGGCGUCUGCUCAGACCUUUUUCCCUUUCCCAUCCGUCAAUGGGGACUACAGGGGAUCCGACCUGCAGGCCGGAGAUUUUGGGCAAACCAAGCAUUGGUAUCCCUUCGCUGCUCCCGAGUACACCGGCCAGGUACCCGGGGCAACAGCAGCUACCCAGCCUUUAAACCUGAGUCCCCCCAUAGUCGAGACACGGGAGCAGAUUAAACUCCCCGCAAUAAAGAUUGAGAAGGACAUCGAUGAUUACUCCACGGAGGUUAAGAUUCAGCAGUACCAAUCAGCAGCCUCUGCUGCCAUGUCCCAUGGAGUUUUCUACCCGGCCUGGAACCCCUCCUUCUGGCCCGGCAUCAACCACAUCACACCGCCCGCCAGCAAUAAUCAAAAUCCCUCGACAUCCUCGGCAUCUUCACCCUCCAUGUCCCCCUCACCCCCAAGCAACGGGCUUCCGGAAAACUCGUUUUUCAGCGUGAACACAACCCAGGCCUCCGCCGGGCCGCAGACGCAGAACCCGGCCUCUUCAACUAGGAGCAGUGGGUCCUCCAGCGGUGGAUGCAGCGACUCUGAGGAGGAGAAUCUUUCAACAGAAGAACUAGAGCAGUUUGCAAAGGAGCUGAAACACAAGCGCAUAACAUUGGGUUUUACCCAAGCUGAUGUCGGUCAUGCCCUAGGAAACCUUUAUGGUAAGAUGUUCAGCCAGACGACCAUUUGCCGCUUUGAGGCUCUGCAGCUGAGCUUCAAGAACAUGUGCAAGCUGAAACCCCUUCUUCAGAGAUGGCUGAAUGAAGCAGACACCUCAGACAAUCCCCAGGAUAUGUACAAGAUUGAGCGAGUAUUUGUUGACACCAGAAAGAGGAAGAGGAGGACCAGUCUGGAGGGAGCAGUGCGCUCUGCUCUUGAGACCUACUUUGUUAAGUGUCCGAAGCCAAAUACCCAGGAGAUCACUCACAUCUCAGACGACCUGGGUCUGGAGAGAGAUGUCGUACGUGUGUGAUUCUGCAACCGAAGACAGAAAGGAAAGCGCCUGGCCGUGCCACUAGACGAAGAGUGUGAUGGCCAGUACUACGAGCAGAGUCCUUCCCCACUGAAUAUGGCCCACUCCCCCAUUCCAGGCCAGGGCUACCCCCUUUCCAGCUACCAGCUAGGAGGCGCCCCUCCUCCCACACUUUACAUGCCCCAGCUGCACCGGCCCGACAUCUUGAAACAGGGCCUGCACCACGGACUGGUUAGUCACCUGACUGGAUAAAAGUGUUCAUGUAGUCCCAGACAUAACCACAGAUUGCCCACCCAAGCCUCUCUGUCCAAGAAGAAGUCUCGUAAACAGUAACCCAAUCAACCAAACGCAUUGGCAGGUCUUGGGAUAAAAACACUCCUAGUUUAGAGGCUCUUUCAACUUUGAGAUGGUUAAAAGUAUAUCCUAAUUACUGUUUUUAAUGUCAGACAUGAACUGCCAAGAUCAACAACCUUAGUUCCUGCAACGGCUUUGACUUAAAACUAAGACAUUUUAACUGAAUGUGCCUUUUGAUUGUUUUCGUGUUCUUGGAUAAUGCAUUGCAAGUUAUUCCAUAGGCUUUUACCAUUGCCUUUUUAAGAAUAAUGGUAACAGAUCUGUUCCUGGGUGGUUUUCUGUGGUGCGAAUGAAUUUAGAUCUGAGUUAUAAAAGGGAGAUUUGGACCGAAAAUCAGUCUUUCUGGUCAAUAUUUGUGCAAUACUUCUGAAUAGAGCAGUCAUUGAAAUGGAAUUUUCCAUAAUUUUUGCACAAAGAUGCUUUUGUAAUGUUUAAUAUAUCAAUUUUAAUAUUUCCCCAUUUGUAUACCAAUAGAAUCUGGCCUUAUGACUGAGGCUGUGAGACUCAUGGUACUGUUUUGAAGGAACUUGAUAAAUGAUUUGCUAUUCUCAAGUUUCAUUGCUGCUUAUCUGCCAAUUGCACAAUUUCCAUAUGUUCUCAUCUCAGGUGAAUUGAAGUGAUUAAUUUAGCUUUUAUAGUGUAUUUCAAUACCUCAAAACUUUUUUUUUUUAUUAUUGUAAAUGAUUUUUAUGUUAAUGAAAUGUUGAAUUACAAUUUAUACCAAAAGUUA